UGCCGGCCGCGCCCGCAGCCCUCAGUCUUCUACGUGCUAGUGUGCGGCUUGACAGUCACGGACCUGCUGGGCAAGUGCCUGCUGAGCCCCGUGGUGCUGGCUGCCUACGCGCAAAACCGGAGCCUUCGGGGGCUGCCGCCCGCGCAGGGCAAGUCUCUGUGCCAAACCUUCGCCUUCUUCAUGUCCUUCUUUGGGCUCGCCUCGACGCUGCAGCUCCUAGCCAUGGCCCUGGAGUGCUGGCUGUCCCUGGGGCACCCCUUCUUCUACCAGCGGCACAUCACCCUGCGCCGGGGCGCGCUCGUGGCGCCGGUCGUGGGCGCCUUCAGCCUGGCUUUCUGCUCGCUGCCCUUCGUGGGCUUCGGGGACUUUGUGCAGUACUGUCCCGGCACCUGGUGCUUCAUCCAGAUGGUCUCGGGAGACGGCUCGCUGUCGGUGCAGGCCUACUCGGUGCUGUACUCCAGCCUCGUGGCGCUACUGGUGCUCGCCAUCGUGCUGUGCAACCUGGGCGCCAUGCGCAACCUCUACACCAUGCACCAACGCCUGCGACGGCACACGCGCUGCUGCGGCCUCCGGGACAACAGUGACAGGAAAGGGCACCCAGAUCUGAGGAACAGCGGGGUCAACAAGAGACAUCUUCCUAAGGGCACUCAGCUGGAGUGGCUGAGCCGGCUGAAAGGCUCUACAGAGAAAGGAGGGAAGAAGGAAUGGCAAAAAGAAAAAGCGGCCAUGCCAGGCAGACGGGCAGGCAGGGGUGGUGCUGGUCCACACAGCAAUACAGACCGAAUGGCAAGGGAGACCGUGUCUGAGCAUUCCGGAGGCUUCCAAGGAGGCUGCAGGGACCCCAGGAAGCUCGAGACAAUAGGCUGGACAUGGUACCGUGCUUACUAUGGAGCAUUUAAGGCUGUCCAAGAAGAGCCAGACGACCUCCUAGCCUUGCGUUUUCUCUCUGUGAUUUCAAUCGUGGACCCUUGGAUCUUUAUCAUUUUCAGAACUUCAGUAUUUCGGAUGUUUUUUCACAAGAUUUUCAUAAGACCUCUUCUGUAUAGAAACUGGAACAGCCACUUCUGCCAAACUAACACGGAAUCCAGUCUGUGACUGCGACAGAGGUCCACGCUGUCUGGUAAACUGAAGGAUGUAUCACACUUUCAAAUAAAGAACCACAGCCUAAAAAGAAAAAAAUACAAAACCUUACUUUCUGAAUCUUUAAACAUUAUCUGCCAUAACAAAAACACAUAGGUGUAUCUUCAGAACUACUCGAUGUGUCUCAUGAAUGUGUUGGUACUCUUGUUCAUGAACCAUUUUGGUGCAUCUUUUCGUUUCAUGUUAACAGCAAUUAAAAUUUUGUAUGUUGUAAACAAUUUUUAAAAGUCAUAGCAAUGACAUGAACUGUCCCGAUGUUUGCACCUGGUUUCCCUAAGUUUCGAGAGAAGCCUUGAGACCUAUGGGUCUUAUUUAAAUAUAGUAGAAACACCACUGUUUACAAUAUGUGAUGAGUUUUGUCUGAAAAGCCUAGCAGUGUCUGACCCUGUUAAUUUCCAGUGAAACUUGACUUGUUUAUUUCAUGUCAUAAUUGCCCCCCCAUGUUAUUUUCUGUAUCAAUUGGACUGAGUAUGGCCUGAAUUACAGCUGCUCUUCAGAGAAGUGAGAUGGGAGAUGUGACCAGGUCAGGCACAUGGAAGGCUUUACCACCGUCGGGACAGACUGCCUCGGUGGAGAUACAAAGCUGUAAGUAGACAUGAAGUUAGACACGGCUGUGUCCCCAACUCAGAGAAGAAAAGCUAGCAUCUUUGAAAUGCAGCAUGGAGUCAGGAGUACCAGUCAACUUGGGGGAGUGGGCUGCAAAAUGUUCUUUUGGUGUUUGGAGCUUUCCAUUUGAUAAGUGUAUGGUGUUGGUGGAUUUGGGGGUAGAAUUUCUGCUCAGGGAAGAGCAGUGAUGUUUGGCUAUGCCAAGAGCUGCCUACUGAGUUGAGCCUGUGAAGCAGACAGGUGCCAGUGAGAAGCCCACCCAGUACUUAGUGGGUGAGUUGGAGAGUGGUGGCAAUGACCUUAACACCGCCCAUUAUAGCAAGAGGUACUCUGCUCUCUACAGAGACAGUGAGAUGUUAUCGAGGCUUCUGUGAACUACACUGUCAAAACUGGAGCAGGAUAUGGUUCAAAGGAAGCACAAGUGAGCACUUUAAUUGCACUUAAAACGGUUUACAAAGGUAGCAACACUACGACUCCAGAGGGAAAGGUGGGGGAAACUCUAACCCAGCUCUUGUCAAGAGCUUUCAGAGUUGGUAAAUGAACACAGCGGGGAGGCUGGGGCACUUUAGCAUCUCUGGAGUCCCUUUGUAACCAACACACCCUGACUCACAUGGAGACACACACACUGCACUGGAAAUUAUCUCACGCAGAAGCGAAGACCUCUUCCCGGCUUCCCUGAAGCCUCAUUCUUUUCGCCUUGAUUUUCCCAAUAUCUCAGAGAUGGUAUUAACCAGGUAAUAUCUAAUUUUUUGUAUAGCAAAACUGUGAAAAGCCUAAUUAAGAAGAGGUAUAAUUUGAGAGCAUUACAUAAUGAAAAACGCCAUUGUUUUGCAAGCUUUGCUUUCAUUGUAUGUUUCCUGUGUGGGUGUGCAUGGUUUUUUUUGUUGUUGUUGUUAGAGGAAGUGCAUCCUUUUGUGUGCUGCUCUUUUUAAAGAUGUGCUAUGGUGACUGUCCAGGUAAUUUGAUAAGGCUCCAAAUGAAUCAAUAAACAAAAUUUUAUAAUUUUUUUCUGAGGAAGUUACUUUCUUCAAAUAAAGAAAAGGCUUUUCUCUUUAGAGCAGUCAUCAGCAAUAUCUCAAUCUCUAACAGUGUAAUUAUAUAAAUUUCUGCAUACU